UCGAAGCUUAAAGCGGGAAAUAUAAGGUCUUCAGACACAAUUUGCCCAGGACUGAAUCUCAUAGAGGGAAAAGACAAAUCCUUCCACCACAUCAUAGACAAAGGAGCAUACGGCGAUUGCAAAGAUGGACAUGGUUAUUGUUAUGGAAUUUUAUUUAAAUCAACAAAAGUACUAAAUAGUAGUGCUUUCUAGAGGAUAUAAUAAUGAAUAUUCGUUACAGUAAUUUGAUAUAAAAUUAUCAUUUUCAGCAAUUUUUAUAACAUCUAGUUAUCUUAUAUUCAUGUUUAGGUUAUGAAUUUACAACAUUAUAAAGUUUUAUACCUACAAUUUUUUUGUCAUAAUUAGUUGUUCCCCUACACAGUUCACACUUCAACCAUGAUUCCUAAAUUAAUUUUAUCUUUAUUAUUAAUAUCGUUUGCAUCCUGUGAGAAGUUUCGCUUCGACAACUAUACUUUGUACAAAAUACUGCCCAAAAAUUUAAAUGAGGUUAAAGUGUUAAAGAACUUGUAUGACAGUGAUGCAAGAUUUGAUUUUUGGAAACAUCCAGCACCCAAUGCCGAGUAUGUUACUGUUGUGUCAGCUCCCAAAGAUAAGGGAGAACUGGAAGGCUUGCUUAACAGAAAUGGGAUAUCGUUUGAAAUCGCGAUGCAGAACAUCCAAGAAGCUAUGGAUAAAGAAACUGUUGGUCAAUAUACCAGAAGCAACAUCAGAAGCAUGCGAUGGGACAGAUACUAUCCAAUUGAACAAGUCUAUGCUUGGUUAGAUGACCUAGCUAGGGAGUACCCAUCUCUAGUUACUAUCGAAAUUGCUGGACAUUCGUACGAAGGCCGUGAUAUAAAAGGAGUUAAAAUCUCUCAUGGCGAAGGUAGAAGAAUAAUAUUCCUUGAAACUAACACGCAUUCUAGAGAAUGGAUCGCAGUAACAUCAGUCUGCUAUCUUAUAAAUGAAUUGUUAACUAGCACCGACCCAGAAACAAUGGCAGCGGCGCGUGAGUUCGAUUGGUACAUCUUCCCUUCUGCAAACCCUGAUGGGUUCGCCUGGACUCAUACAGGGUACAGGCUAUGGCGCAAAAACAGACGCCCGGUUGGUCAAAAUCUGGAAGAAAUCGGUGUAGAUCUAAACAGAAACUGGAAUAGCAAUUGGCUAGUAUGGGGAUCAGCCAUCGAUCCUUCCUUGAUCAACUACGCCGGUCCAGGUCCCUUCUCCGAACCGGAGACCAGGACUCUUGCAACAUAUUUAAGAUCUCUGAAGGGUAGGAUCGACAUGUACUUAUCGAUGCACGCAGCUGGACAGAUGCUGUUGAUACCUUAUGGAAAUACAUCCGAGCCUUUGGAUAACUAUUACGACGCACUCAAUAUUGGAAGGCGGGCGAUGGGAGCCCUUUCUGUUAGAUACGGGACUGAAUACACAACCGGCAAUGUCGUCGAGGUUAUUGAUCGUAUCACAGGCCUCACUGCGGACUGGGUGAAGGAACAUCUCAAAGUGCCGCUGGUCUACAUGUAUGAGCUCCGCGACAAGGGUACUUACGGCCACCUCAUCCCACCAGAACUGAUCUUACCAUCUGCUGAGGAGACGACGGACUCCAUCAUCGACCUCAUCCAUCAAGCCAAGAGAUUCGGAUACAUGAAUAGUGGGAACAGUAUUAAUGUUUCGUUUGGAAUGAAGAUUGUAUGUAGUAUCAUGGUAUUACGAAAAUUAUUGUAAUAAAUGUGAAUUGUGAUGA